AUGAAGAGCCUCAACCCUAUGCGCCAAGCGCGCAUGAUCGCUCCCAUCAUCAUCGGAAGCGUUCCCACAACUCUCGCCCAGGAACAGUUCCAAACAUUCUUUCCAGGAUGGUCUGAUCUCAUUACCAAUAUCCUCGAAGUGAACUGCUCUCAGGAUGUCGAAAAGUUUGCCAAAGACCCCAUGGGCCAAGCGAGAUGGGACGUGGUCGACUGUAUACUUGGGGUCUUUUCAGAGUCUCGCAAAGCCGAAGGAGUUGCGGCCGCGCUCACGUUCGGUCUCGCACCGAUGGUUCUUCAGAACAUAGGUCCCAGCACCUCCGAGACGAGCCUUUUGUUUCUGCGUCGGCCUUUCCUCGCUCUGCUGCUCGCUAUCUCAUCGCCGUGGCCGAGUAACCCGAACAGCACGAAGUACGACAACCCAUUAUACGGACUUUCACAGCCUAUCGGCUUGCCUAUGUGGCCAGACAUCGAGAACAGACCUAGGCGAGUUGUUGCAUCCUUUGUCUCAUUGUUCGAGUACGCAUUGGCGAUGGGCGCGGCAGCGAACGUGGCCUCCCUGGCUUAUCAGCUCGGCCACUGGUCAUUUUUCUCGUCGGCGAACAACGUUUACGAUCCAGUCCUGUGGACAUACAACGCUCUUCUUAUCCACAUAGUUGGCAUAAUUGGGAUUUUCCUUAGGGUCCGGGUCCUAGAUCGCCACAGGAAUUCUCAUAAUGCGAUAGAAGAGCGAGAACAGACCUGGUUGCCACUGUGGCUUGCUGACGAGUUGACGCCAACUGCAUACAACGACAAUCUGCGACUAGAGCCCCGGGACAGUCAUUUACCGUCAGUACUGUCGUUACUGAUAGCGUGGGUUCUAUCCAUCGCCCCGACACUACAGGUUCUCAUGGGAACUAUCAUGCUGUCCGGAUCGCUUCUCACGAGUCAGGCCGAUGCGCGUAACUGCUUAUUCAGAUAUGUCGGCAGCGCAAUCGUUGCGCGCGCUUUGCUUUGGUACGAGCUCGCUGGUCUGAGACAGGCCACAUCUGGUGUCGCUAGUGUCUCUUAUACUCCUGCGGGUUCAACCAUUGAGUUGAUGGACCAGGGACACUCAGCCGAGACAAGACAGCCGUCAAAGUCCGUCGGAGUAUCAAGCUAA